CAGACAUUGAUUUGAGUUGUCCGAUUCGAAAGUUUAAACGGCUGGAUUACUCUUGAAAGAUGGUUUACCAAUGCUGGCUUUGACAUAUCACAUUUCGCGUGUUUUAGACAAUCGGUGGAUAGCGAAAAUAAGUGCCAUUGAUAAGAAUGCAGAGAAGUACAUCAAGCGCUUAGCAGAGACAGUUGCCAUCCAGAGCGUGUCUGCACUCCCAGAAAAGAGGCCGGAGGUGGUGCGCAUGGUCAACUGGACAAAGACGGAACUGGAGAAGCUUGGUGUAAAAUGUGAGUUAGCUGACAUUGGCACCCAGACCCUUCCUGAUGGUACCAAGCUGCCGCUACCCCCUGUCUUACUGGGAACACUGGGUAGUGACCCCCAGAAGAAGACAAUUCUGAUUUACGGUCAUCUUGAUGUACAACCCGCAGCCAAGGAGGAUGGCUGGGACACAGAGCCUUUUGUCCUGACGGAUGUGGAUGGAAAACUCUACGGGAGAGGGUCUACUGAUGAUAAGGGUCCAGUGCUUGGAUGGAUCAACUGUCUGGAGGCCAUGAAGGAGUUAGGACAGGAGGUGCCCGUAAAUAUGAAGUUUGUGUUCGAAGGCAUGGAGGAAUCCGGAUCAGAAGGGUUGGAUGAUCUGAUUUUCUCUCAAAAGGACACCUUUCUCAAGGGUGUAGACUAUGUGUGUAUUUCUGACAACUACUGGUUGGGAAAAAACAAACCUUGUAUUACCUAUGGUCUGAGAGGCAUCAGCUACUUCUUCAUUGAAGUGGAAUGUUCAACCAAAGAUUUACACUCUGGAGUAUUUGGAGGAACUGUUCAUGAAGCCAUGUGGGAUCUAAUGUACCUGAUGAACAAUCUGGUUGAUGUGAACGGGAAGAUCUUGAUUCCAGGCAUUCACGACACUGUGGCAGAGCUGACGGACAAAGAGAGAGCUUUGUAUCAGGCCAUCGACUUUGACUUGGAAGACUAUAAGAAUGAUGUUGGAGUAAAUAAGUUGAUUCAUUCAAAGAAGGACGAGGCAUUGAUGAGCAGAUGGCGUUACCCUUCUUUGUCUUUGCUAGGGAUUGAGGGUGCAUUCAGCGGUACAGGAGCUAAGACUGUGAUCCCUCGUAAAGUGAUUGGGAAAUUCUCCAUCCGUCUGGUACCCAAUCAGGAACCUCCAGAGAUCGAGAGACUGGUAAAGGCAUACUUAGAGAAACUUCACGCUGAACGUGGAAGUCCUAACAAAGCCAACAUAUUCAUGUUUCAUGGUGGCAAACCCUGGCACAGUGACUUCAACCAUCCCCAUUUUGAGGCAGGCAGACGGGCAACCAAAAUUGUGUACGGGACUGAGCCAGACAUGACCAGAGAAGGGGGCAGUAUCCCAGUGACCUUGACCUUCCAGGAGGCCACGGGGAAGAAUGUCAUGCUCCUUCCUAUUGGGGCUUGUGAUGAUGGAGCACACAGCCAGAAUGAAAAAAUCAACAAGACAAACUAUAUAAACGGGACUAAACUGUUGGGGGCGUAUUUGGAUGAAAUGGCAAAGCUCUGAGAAGGGAAAUAACUCUUGGUUUCAUGAUUUUGUAAAUAGCUACAUCAGCGGGAAUGGCUACUGCGCAUUUUAACACUUGUUAUAAAUAUACUUGUAUAUUUGUGCUUAAACCAAUGAGGGAACAAAAUGAAUUGUUAACAAAAUCUGAAAAUAUGCGAACCUAAUUUUUUUAUGUACCUUUAUAUGAAAAAAUUUGCAAAUGCUGUUUGUAGAGCAAAUAUUUGCCCGAAGUACACAUCAGGGAAAAAUGUGCUCAGUGGAGUCAUUCGAAAAGGAAAUUUUGAUAAUUUAAUGGUGCUACAUGUGGUUCAUAUUCCACGUUAUAUGUUUAUCUACUGCUCAUCUUGAAAGACACUGUAAUAAACUAAUCGUCCUAUACUUGUAUAUAA